CAAUUUUUUUUUUCAUCAUCAUUGUAUUAGCUUUUUCUUUAUUUCUUUUUUUCUUUCAUUUUCUUAUUGUUAAUCUAUCAUUUCUCAUUCCAGUGGUGGAAAAUUAUUUGAUUUAUUGAUUCGGCGACAUUUCUUCCUUUAUUGUGGUGACGUGAUAUUUAUCAUACCAUGGGAAAUCAAACCACGUCUCAUUACAGUCCAUCCGCUACUGCAUCAACCCCACAUCAUCAUCACCAUCGCAUGGAAAAAUUGCCUAGCAUUUCAAAGUUAUCGUCCAUGGAAACAGAUGAGCCCACUUCGACGCCUUCGCCCACCACGACCGCCGUCACGAACACCACCUUGGUCCCCGAUUCGUCGCCCAGAUAUUAUGUUCAAGAUGUGGUCCCCUCUCAGCGUCAUCAGCCGUACCAUGCUCAUCCUCACGCCUAUUCUUCCCAAACAUCGACGCCAUCGUCCUCGUCGACCACCACCACAACAACCGGAAAUACUACAUCGCCUUCCUCGUUUCUUCCGCCACCAUCGACAACGACAGCGUACUUGCAUGAAUGUGACCAUCCAGCCUCGGAAAACAAUACCAUGUACGGUCAAAAUGUCGUGUCGCCGCCUUUGACCCCGGCCGUGUCGCCUUCGUCGAUGUUAUUGGAUUCCAUGCAAUUCAAACGCAAAUGUUCCGUCGACGCCGGGUCACUGAACUUUGGCCAUGGUAUCACGGAACCACAGCAUUCUUCCUCCAUCGCUUAUCGUCGUUACUGUCAUUCCACCAUGUCCGUUCACAAUUACGUCCACGAACCGCGAUCUAACUAUGCGAAUACAGCCAUGAGCCCACCAACGUCCAGUGGACCUUCCAGCUCCACGACCUCAGCCGGUCGAUCUCAACCACCAGAUUACGCCAUCAUGCAUUCUGUAUCGUCACCGCAACCUAUGCAAAAACCGGCCAAUCAUCGACGUCAAUCGAGCAAAGGCGCCAAUGCCAACUCUUCCGGUCAUCAAGGCCUCACUAUCCAGCAUAAACAUGUGUGUACUUACGCUUACUGCGGAUGGAGUUUCAAGCGCUUUGAACAUUUGAAACGACACAUGUUGGUGCACACCGGUGAACGGCCUCAUGUCUGUCCCUAUCCAGGUUGUGGCAAAAGCUUCAGUCGAUCCGAUAAUUUUCACGCUCAUUAUCGCACCCACGCCAAGAAAUCUAUGCAGCACUUUCGUGUUCCAGCUUCAUCGUCUUGUUCGCGUCCUACAUCGGCUUCCGCCGCGGCCUCAGUCGCCGCCAAUGCAGCAGCCACCGCCAGUGUAACUCCCAACUUUGACACGCUCCAUCGAUCGCAUUCCACUUAUUAUAUGAAGAAUGAUUCCUUUGAUAUGAUGUCUCCUUAUUCCUCGGAUAUGUAUGGUCAUCGUCAGAUGUACCCUACUUCAGGUAUGCUUUCGACCCAUGAUUAUGCUAUGCAACAACAAGAACAACAACAAGCGCCGCCUCUUCCUCCACCACCUUCUUCUUCAUCGCACUAUAUGCGUUCUUUUCACAUGCCUAUGCCUUCGGGAAUAGGGCCCUUUGGUGCGGUCAUGCACGGUGUAUCGCCCUCGGCGCAAUCUAUGAGUGCUUCAUCCACCCCCGAAUCGCCGUCACUGCUGAAUCAUACUUUAUCACAUCAAACUUCCCAUUCAUUCUUUUCACCCACAUCAGCAACCGAUGGCGUCCAUCGAUCCGAUUCGCCUUAUGCUUACUCUAUGAAUUCCUUGGUGUCUCCCACCACGGGAAAUGGUUCUCCGACGGUCCCAGCACCUUAUCAUACUUCAGCCCAUGUUGGCGUUCCGCCCAUCACAGGACGUCGAUCGGCCAGUGUAUCCUCCGUGUCUUCCAACGGUCAGAUAAAAUCGCAUAUUUGUCCCGUGCCUCAGUGUCAGCGUCGAUUCAAACGAUUGGAGCAUUUAAAACGCCACAUGCGAAUUCACACCCUCGAACGACCGUUUGCCUGCAGUUUCCCCAGUUGCCACAAGACAUUUUCACGAUCCGACAAUCUAUCUCAGCACAUGAAAACCCAUCAACGCCAUGAAAACCGACGUUGUCGACAAUCACCACACCGUUCCGUGAGUUAUGAACUGGGUCAUCAAUCUAUGCCACUUCAUCAUUCAUCCUCCAUGACCAAUACCAAUACCAAUGCCAAUGCCAUGACCGCUUCCACAGAAAUGAAUUGGAUCAAGGCCAACGCAGGAACCGUGGGUUGUUAAACCCGGCCCGUAUCAUGCCCUCUUUUUCCCGCCCACGAAAUCACGAUAUUAAAUAUUCCAUUGACAAGGAGACUAUUAUUCUUUCAUGAUAUGUCUUUUUUUUACCUGUUUUUAUUUUUUAUUUU